CCCAUUAACCCCAUCUCAUAAUGACGGUCAAGGUAAGAAGUCGUUCUCCCAGUCCUUUUGAGCAGUCGAAUAAGAGAACAAGGAGAGAGUCGAUAUCGAUAAAAGGUAUCAUAUCGCCCUCAGUUGAGGACUUACGAGUACAUCGACAAAAUUAUCUUCAAGCUACUCCUUAUCGACAUGCCGUUGUGGGAGGACUGCUGAGCGAUGAACUGCUGGAAAGCUUCGUCGAGGAGACAAAAACGUAUGGUGUACGAGGAGAAGAUGGUAGUCUUCCAGGAUGGGGUUGGGAACAGAAAGAAACUGAUAUUUACAAGAUACGUCAAACACCUGAUUUAUCUUCUCUUGAUCCAAAGCACUUACCUGAGGGGACACUCCGAGCUCUACCUCAAAGUGCCGCUUUGAAGAACGCCCUGUAUUCACAAGAAUUUCGCAAUCUCGUUCGGCAAGUCACAGGGUGUGGACCAUUAUCAGGUUCUAAAACGGACUUGUCUGUAGGUUUAUACACACAAGGAUCACAUCUUUUGCUACAUGAUGAUUCUAUCUCAACUAGGCUCAUCUCGUUCAUCCUUUACCUACCAAAUUCCCCUUUGGACGCCCCAUCUUCUUCCGAUACUUCCCUCAUCAUCUCUGCGGACGGUCAGUUCCUGAAGGGCUGGAACCCUGCUUGGGGGGGUGCACUUGAACUCUAUCCUGUGGAGAGUGGAGAAGAAGUUGGACUUCCAGGGGUGAAGCGGACCCUCAAGGUUGAUGUCAAAUGGGGUCAGAUAGUCUUUUUCGAAGUUCAACCAGGGAGAAGUUAUCAUUCAGUGGAAGAAGUUAUCGUGGGGGACGGCCGACAGCGAUUGGGUGUCAGUGGAUGGUUUCAUCGACCUGUGGAAGGAGAAGAAGGUUAUGAAGUUGAGGAUGCCGCCAAGAAGAAGCAAGAUCUCAGUUCCCUCGCUCAGAUCACUUCUGCUCCUACCAUACCUUUUACACCAUACAACGACGAACCUCCUCUCGGUCUCAAACCUACUCACCUCACAUUUCUCUCGGACUUCCUAGCCCCUUCCUACCUCAAUCCACAAACACUCGAACGACUCUCACAGCAGUUCGCCGCUGCUUCAGAGAUUGUCAUGCACAGUGUCCUUCUUCCAGAACUCGCGGAGGAACUCAAGAGAGAGACUGAAGCCGUCGACAAAGCAGAUUAUCCCGAUAGACUAAUCCCUCCCCAGGACCUUGGUGAAGGGGAUGGAUGGAAACUUCAAGGACCGACAUCCAAGCAUCGCUAUGCUUCUCUCUCUUCCUCUUCAUCACGGACCCCUCAUCUUCAUCGUAUCCUCUUCGAAUUAAUACCGUCAGAAGCUUUCCGAGCUUGGUUGUCUGUCGUUUCGUCCCUCGCUCCGGUCGGAUAUCGAGCCGAAGGUCGUCGAUUCAGACAUGGUCUAGAUUAUACACUUGCCAAUGGAGAAGAUAAGAAUGGAGAAGCACGAUUGGACGUUUGUCUUGGUCUUACUUGGUGGGCGGAUGUACAACCGGGGAGUGACGAGGAAGACGGGCUUAUCGAACAUGGUGGGUGGGAUUGUUAUCUAGCUGCGCCGGAUGAGAAUGAGGAUCCAGCGGUAUAUCAAAGUAGUCGCGCAGUCAAGGUCAACGAUCAUCAGGAGGACAACGAGCUAGGAAACAAACCCGACACUCAAGAGCCGAAUGAAACUUCGAAGGGUGAAUCGUCUCAGGCAGACCGUCCAAAGGAGGAAUCUGGAGAUGGGCAAGGAGAUUUAGAGGACGGAGAGGAUCAAGAAGAUGCCAACGGUACGAUAGAAUUGGAAAUCGAUCCAGACCAACUUUCUCCUUCUGAUUUCGACUCGGAUUCAGAUGCUGACGCCAAUGACGAUGGACCUCUCCUCACGCAAGCUGUAUGUUUCAACAGACUCGUACUCGUCCUCCGUGAUCCAGGUGUGAUGAAAUUCACCAAAUACCUGAGUGCAAGCGCACCGGGAAGUCGAUGGGAUGUGAGUGGGGAAUGGGAAGUGGGUGUUUUGGAAGAAGACGACGAGGGGGCGGAGGGGAAGGAGAUCGUUGGGAAGGUUGAAGCAUAAAGGUCGUGUGGGUGAUUUCACUAGCUAUCAGUUCAAAAUAUUCAUCAUCCUGUCAUGCAUCUACUCAUGCUGUGC